AUGGACCUCUCGAUUCUGAACGACGCUGCAGCUGCCUUCAAAGCCGGAAACCAGUCGUCACGUUUUAGCCAGAAGUUAUUACAAUGCUGUGGCGCCAGGAAGUGGGUGGCAGAAAUGCUGACGAAAUUUCCUGUUCGAGGUGUUGACGAACUCUACCAAGCAGCCGAUGCGGCGGACGCCACAUUGACACGAGACGAUUGGCUCGAAGCGUUUGCAGCACACCCAAAGAUUGGGAGAGCGAAACAGCCCAUCAAGGCGUGGGAAGCUCAGGAGCAAAAGGCAACGAAGGAUGCAGAUGAUGCGGUACUUGAUCGCUUUGAGGAACUGAAUGAUGCGUACUACGACACGUUCGGAUACACCUACAUUGUGUGUGCGACUGGAAAAACUGCCCUCGAGAUGCUCCAUAUUCUGGAGUCUCGCAUGGGCAACAGCCCUGAAGACGAGCUUGCUGUAGCUGCAGCGGAGCAGAGCAGAAUCACUAAGCUCCGUCUCGUGAAAUUGGUGCAAGAAUUGCGAAUCGCUCGAUCGGAAUUGUAA